CCCUUCUUCUUAUUUCAAAGAAAAACCCUUCUUCUCAAUCCUCUCUCACCAUCGUCGACGCCAUGGUUCGUGUAAGCAACACUGUAGUCGCACUUCUCAACGUCAUCUUCCUCCUAGUUAGCCUCGCCGUCAUAGCUGGCGGAGUAUACAUUCAUUUGCAUGCCUCCGCCACCACUUGCCAAAAAUCCCUGCGGAACUCGCUAGUCAUACUGGGUGUCUUUCUGCUUCUAGUUUCAUUCCUGGGGUUGGUGGGUUCAUGCUGCAGGAACAAUUGUUUGUUUUGGCUUUAUCUGAUCCUCUUGUUUUUUAUGUUUGUUGGCCUCCUGGUAUUCACGACUUUCGCUUUCUUCGUCACCAAUGAGGAUGCGGGUAAGGCCUUGUCUGGUAGAGGAUUUAAGGAGCACAGGCUUGGAGAUUACUCGCAUUGGUUACAGAAUCACUUUGUUAAAGGGAAGAACUGGGAUGUACUCAGGAGUUGUUUGAUUGAAGCUAAAGUUUGCAAGGCCUUUACUGAUGAUAAUAACCAAAAUGAUUUCUUGAAGAAGAAAUUUUCUCCCAUGGAGGCGGGUUGCUGCAAGCCGCCGGCAGAAUGCAGAUUUCAGUAUAGGAAUGGAACAAAGUGGACGGCGGCAAAAUCUGGGCCGGAAGUGGACGACAGUGACUGUAAGACAUGGAGUAACGACCCGAAGCAGCUAUGCUACAACUGCAAUUCAUGCAAAGCUGGGGUCCUAUCCAGCAUAAGGAAGCAGUGGAGAAUUUUGGCUAUAUUCUUAGUUUGUGUGAACCUCUUCACUCUUAUUGUCCUCUCUACUGCUUGCUGUGCCAAGAGGAACAAUUCUCUUGAUAAAAAAUGCAAUUGGUCCUGAAACUAUAUUGCUAGAUUUACCACCAUUCUUUAAUUUGUAGGACUAAUUGGUCAAUUUUUCCAUAUACUGUAGCUUAGCUAGCUUAAGAUUUUGUUGCAUUUUUUUGUAAGACAUCACUUCUUUC